GUCUCAUUCAACCCCGGAGUGCCGGGGAUUACUAUAUUGUACCUAUCUUUAUACCGCGCGAUUUAUCAACGGCACCUACAAGUUGUAGCUGAGUAAGAUAGAUAACAUCAGGUUCAGAUCGUCAGAACACACCCUUACUCGGGACGGGACAAGACCCGCCGCACACCCUGAGUCUUACGUUCAACCUAGCGGAACCCCGUCGUUCUUCUAGAUCUAGAUCCCCAUCUGUAUCAUCUACUACAAGUCAAGACAGCAUGUCUACUAAUACCACUAACACAUCCACCUCUUCACACCAAGUGGUGGAAAAUGCCUACUUCAACUCCAACCCACCCCCUAAAGCGUUGCCGCAGCAUGUCGCCGCCGCUGAAUCCUUCAUAAGACAACAUGCGGCAGCCAAUAGGCGGGUCGUUCUCGUUACCUCAGGGGGAACUACCGUGCCACUGGAAAAGCAAACGGUGCGCUUCAUCGACAACUUUAGCGCUGGCACGCGCGGUGCUACAUCUGCCGAAUAUUUCCUGGAAUCAGGGUAUGCAGUCAUAUUCAUGCACCGGCAAUUCAGUCUCUUGCCUUACAGUCGACAUUAUAGUCAUUCCACCGACUGUUUUCUAGACUUUCUGCAUGAGAACCCUGAUGGCAGCGUGGUGGCCAAUCCAACUCACCAGGACAAGAUGUUACGGGUACUGCGCAAAUAUAAUGCUGCCAAGAACCAAAAUUGCUUGUUGAUGAUCCCCUUCGUCACCAUCACUGACUACUUACACGAACUGCGCGCCGUGGCACAGUUAAUGCGCCCCCUAGGUCCUAAUGGCCUACUGUAUCUCGCGGCGGCCGUGAGCGACUUUUUCGUGCCGGAGGAUCGCAUGUCAGAGCAUAAAAUUCAGAGCACGGACGCAACGGACCUGUUGAAACAACAACAAGGGCCGACAACUAUCACUAAAGAACCUCGAGAGCCGGAAGAAGAGACAUUUGAUAACUUCGAUUCUUCACCAUCAGUGCCGAGGAGCAAACGCCUCAUCGUAGAUCUAGACCCUGUGCCUAAGUUUUUGAAGAACUUAGUAGAUGGCUGGGCACCAGAGGGCAUGAUCGUGUCGUUCAAGCUGGAGACGGACCCGAAGAUCUUGGUACACAAGGCCAAGUACUCACUCGAGCGAUAUCAGCACCAUCUGGUCAUUGGCAACCUAUUGUCGACGCGCAAGUGGGAGGUGGUAUUUGUGGCACCAGGCCAUAGUGAUAAGUGGAUUCGCGUACCUUUCAGCCGACGCAAGAAGACGCUAAGCGGGGUGGAGGAGCUCGUCGGGGCCGCUGAUCGUGGGGCUCACGAGAAGAACGAGCCUCUGGACCCAUCGAUGCUGCCGGAAGGCGAGCCAGAGAUGGAGAUUGAAAGCUUGAUCAUACCGGCUGUUGAGGAGUUGCAUUCGAAGCACAUCGAGUCGGCAGCAGCGAAAAAUACUUCGAAGUUAGCAUAAAAAAGGGGUUCAGCGCGGGGUAUGCACAUAAGAUGUGAGUGGCGUGGAAUGUGUUGUUAGUUAAAAUCAUAUAUGGAAGGCGUUUUGCAUACGAAGGUGCUCCACAACAUACUAAGCGCCCUACAUAUUUAUAGGUACACGCACCUAGGUAUGUAUGUAACCGUGUUGUUAGCGGUGAUAUCAAUAUCGAUAAUGAGCACAUUGAUGGAGAAUUGGUAGCUACGUAGGUAGCAGGAGGUAUAUAGACAGUUCAAGCAUAUCAGGAAUUAUCUCGAAUAUUUUCGGCGAUGGCGUUUG